AAACCAAACCCCAUACAAAGAGCCUAUCGGCUCAAUAAAAGAUCAUUACUAAGAACAGAACAUAAGCAAUUUCAGAUUCUCUGUUAUAAAUCCUGCAACUUUUGUUGUGUUGCUGUAAUUGCAAUGGGGUCUCUGUUUCCUCGUCUUCCAGAUGAAAUUGGGUGGCAAUGCCUGCUUAGGGUGGAGUUGAACUCCCAUCACAACCUCAGAUGUGUGUGCAAAAGCUGGAACGCCGCAUUGAAAAACCCCCACUUUUAUCAGGAAAGAAAAAGAUUGAAGAUUUCCGAGCAACGCAUUUGUAUGCUCGAGAACACAGACAGAGGAGUGGUAUACGACCUGGCGAAGAACUCCUGCAGAAGCCUACCGCCCAUUCCCGCACGAAUUUUAGGCAUCCGUCACUGCCAUUUCGUGAAACAAAAACUGAUCUUGAUCACGGAUUUGCCUCAUGGAAACAAUUCUGUAUGGUUGUACGAUUUUUCUCACUCCAAAUGGCGGCAGGGUACCAAAAUGCCUAAAUCGGCGACUAGAUUUGCCUCUGCAGCGGAUGAGCACGGGGGACUGAUUUAUGUGGCUGGAGGGUAUGACUGGUCUCGCCACCGGGUCCGUCGCGCUUCAGUUUACAAUAUGGAGGAGGACAAGUGGGAUUUUCUCCCCGACAUGAACACCGACAUGGCGGGCUCUACAGGUGUUUUUGCUGACGGCAAGUUUUAUGUAGUGGACAGUGCCCUGUUUGGGUUCACUUUUGAGGUUUUUGAUUCCUAUACAAGAAGCUGGAAAUCUCUGGAAAAUAGAUUUAACGGCGUGUGUUUCCUAAGUGUAUUUGGGCGCUUUUACUCCUUGUGUGAUAGGGGAGUGAUUGAAUAUGACUAUAGCCAAGAUAAGUUGCACAUUGUAGGUCCACAUCCAAUGGAGGAGUGGAAACGAAUUAUCUUCGCUACACAGGUUGGCCAUAAUAUAUUUGUGAGCAGCUUGGAUCACAUUCAAGGUCAAACAUUUUGUAUGCUUGCACCUCCAAGUGAAACAGGAGGAGCAUUCAAGUGGAUUGGCAUUGAGAGACCAUCGGGCCUCCAAGGUUGUGCAAUAGGUGCUGCUACUGUAGAUCUUUGACUGUUUUUGAGCUUGUAUUCAGUUUUAAUUGACGGGGCCAUUACUGGUAAUUUCUUGCCAAACGAUGAGCCCAAGUAAUAUCCAGAACAAGUCUUAUAAUAUUACUAGUCAGACUUGAAUGUGUGAUGGACCCCUCAAUAGGCAAACACAAGCUACAGUAAAUCAGUUAAAAAACUAUGUAUGUUUUUGAAAUCUAUCUCAUAUUAUUAUUGGAUUA